UGGGAGCAGGCGAAAGGCUUUUCCUGAUGGGCAAGUACCAACUAGUUAAUACAGCCACUGGAAGGACGUGGUAGCUGGAUGGGGUGCUGCUGUCCUUGGUGCUGAAACCAGCAGGUUUUACAGAAUUUAGGAAAUGCCCAGGAUGCUAUUUCCCAGCGUACACUGUAUUAUUUCCCAGGCUACAUGUGUAAUCAUGACCAGUUUGUUUUAAGGUUGCUGAGAGGAAAUUGGAAAACAAAAAGUGAGUGUGAUCAUUAUUGAAUUGUUCUCCUUCUCUAAAUCCAACAUCAAUUUUGUGUCCUGUGGAUCUGCCAAAUGACCUCUCAUAAAAUGAUUGUUCUCUUGCCAAUUAUGACUAUUAUGGUGGCUUAUGGCAUCUUAUCUUUGAACCCUAGUAAGAGGACAUUGCUGGUCAGUGCUUCUUCUCCACGGUCUGUGGCCAGGAUGGAUGGAGAUGUUAUUAUAGGAGCACUUUUCUCUGUCCAUCAUCAGCCUCCUGCUGAACGAGUUCCAGAGAGGAAAUGUGGAGAGAUAAGGGAGCAAUACGGUAUCCAAAGAGUGGAAGCCAUGUUUCAUACUUUGGACCAAAUAAAUAUGAACCAGGACCUUCUGCCUAACAUCACCCUGGGCACUGAGAUCAGAGACUCUUGCUGGUAUUCAUCAGUUGCCCUGGAACAGAGUAUCGAAUUCAUACGAGACUCCUUAAUAUCUAUCCGGGAUGACAAAGAUGGGAUGAGCAAGUGUUUAGAUGCUACUCCAACUCCUCAAGGCAGAAUUAAAAAACCCAUUGCUGGGGUCAUUGGGCCAGGGUCUAGUUCAGUAGCUAUUCAAGUCCAAAAUCUACUGCAGCUUUUUGAUAUUCCUCAAAUAGCUUAUUCAGCUACAAGUAUUGACCUGAGUGACAAGACCUUAUACAAGUAUUUCUUGAGAGUAGUUCCUUCUGACAUUCUGCAGGCUAAAGCCAUGCUGGACAUUGUGAAAAAGUAUAACUGGACUUAUGUAUCAGCAGUUCAUACAGAAGGAAACUAUGGAGAAAGUGGAAUGGAAGCAUUUAAGGAACUAGCGGCACAAGAAGGCCUAUGUAUUGCCCACACAGACAAAAUCUACAGCAAUGCAGGAGAAAAGAGCUUUGAUCGAUUACUUAGAAAAUUACGUGAGAGAUUACCGAAGGCCAGAGUUGUUAUCUGUUUCUGUGAGGGCAUGACAGUGAGAGGAAUUCUAAUGGCUAUGAGGCGCUUAGGAGUGUCUGGAGAAUUUCUACUCAUUGGAAGUGAUGGAUGGGCUGACAGAGAUGAAGUCAUUGAAGGAUUUGAAGAAGAGGCCAACGGGGGAAUUACUAUAAAGCUGCAAUCUGCUGAAGUGAGAUCUUUUGAUGACUACUUUCUAAAUCUGCGUUUGGAUACCAAUUCCAGAAACCCUUGGUUUAGUGAAUUUUGGCAGCAUCGUUUCCAGUGUCGUAUUCCGGGACACCCACAAGAGAAUCAAAUUUUUAAAAAAAUAUGCAAAGGCAAUGAAAGCUUAGAGGAAAAUUAUGUUCAGGACAGCAAAAUGGGUUUUGUCAUUAAUGCCAUAUAUGCAAUGGCUCAUGGACUCCAUGAUAUGCACACUGCCAUGUGCCCGGGACAUGUUGGUCUGUGUGAUGCGAUGAAGCCUAUAGAUGGCAGUAAACUACUUGAAUUCCUUAUAAAGACUUCAUUUCAAGGUAUAUCUGGUGAAGAUAUUUGGUUUGACGAUAAAGGAGAUGCCCCUGGAAGGUAUGAUAUAAUGAACCUUCAGUUCAUUGAGCCAAGCCACUAUGAUUACGUGCUUAUAGGAAAUUGGCACGAAGGAGUUUUGAAUAUCAAUGACCAGAUUCAAACGAAUAAGAGUGGAAUGGUCCGGUCUGUAUGCAGUGAUCCAUGUUCAUUAGGGCAAAUUAAGGUCAUCAGGAAAGGUGAAGUGAGCUGCUGCUGGAUCUGCACCCCGUGCAAAGAAAAUGAAUUUGUCCAAGAUGAGUUUACUUGCAAAGCUUGUGAAUUGGGCUGGUGGCCUAAUCCAGGAUUGACAGGUUGUGAACCCAUAGUUGUCAAAUAUCUAGAAUGGAGCGAUAUAGAAUCUAUGAUUGCCGUGGCCUUCUCUUGUGUUGGAAUCCUUAUUACAAUGUUUGUCACCUUGAUCUUCAUACUAUACAGGGACACACCUGUGGUUAAGUCCUCAAGCCGAGAGCUCUGCUUUAUUAUACUUGCUGGUAUUUUUCUCGGCUAUAUUUGUCCCUUUACAUUAAUAGCCAGACCAACCACCACCUCUUGUUAUCUGCAGCGCCUUUUAGUUGGGCUGUCCUCAGCCAUGUGCUACUCCGCUUUGGUGACCAAAACCAAUCGUAUUGCCCGUAUACUAGCAGGAAGCAAGAAGAAGAUCUGCACGCGCAAACCCCGUUUCAUGAGUGCAUGUGCUCAAGUGAUCAUUGCUUCUGUACUAAUCAGCUUACAACUUACAUUGGUGGUUACAUUAAUUAUUAUGGAACCCCCAAUGCCCAUCCUCUCUUAUCCAAGCAUUAAGGAUGUCUAUUUGAUCUGUAAUACUAGUAAUCUAGGAGUAGUAGCCCCGUUAGGCUACAACGGACUUCUCAUCAUGAGUUGCACAUACUAUGCCUUCAAGACUCGCAAUGUUCCAGCUAAUUUUAAUGAAGCGAAGUACAUUGCAUUCACCAUGUACACUACUUGUAUUAUCUGGUUAGCAUUUGUCCCAAUUUACUUUGGGAGCAACUACAAGAUUAUCACUACUUCCUUUGCAGUCAGCCUUAGUGUAACCGUUGCCCUGGGCUGCAUGUUCACUCCCAAGAUGUAUAUAAUUAUUGCCAAACCUGAAAGGAAUGUUCGUAGCGCCUUCACCACCUCUGAUGUAGUGCGCAUGCAUGUCGGGGAUGGAAAAACACCUUGCAGAUCAAAUACUUUCCUGAGUAUUUUUAGAAGAAAGAAACCCAUAGCAGGAAAUACAAAUUCUAAUGGAAAGUCUGUGUCAUGGUCUGAACCAGGUGGAAGACAAGCACAGAAGGGGCAACACAUGUGGCACAGACUGUCUGUGCACGUAAAGACCAAGGAGACAGGCUCAAACCAGACUGCAGUGAUCAAGCCUCUCACCAAAGGCUACCAGGUCCAGGACAAAAGCCUCACGUUUUCAGAUAUCAGCACUAACACAUUAUACAAUGUGGAGGAGGAGGAAGAAAAUGAGUCGAUGAGGUUCGAUCCACCUAGCAGCCCUUCCAUGGUAAUACACAGGCGUCUGAAUGCAACUCCUCCACCUUCUCAUGAGUAUGAGGAGAGUUCAGUAUAUUUACCUGAGCAAGUCUCCAGGAGUUUGCCUCUGCAAAAAUCUAUUAUAGAUCAGCUUCAUGGUGUGAUCAAUAAAUUUUCAACAGGCAUUCCAGAGAUUGAUUCGAUUAUCCCAACAGCUGGCCCAGAAAAUGGAGUUGGGUCUAUAUACCCAUCUCAAAAUCUUCAGCAGCAAGUGCUUCCAAUUCAGAUGGCAGACUUCAAUGAUGGACUACGUUUAUCGACAGAUGAGGUAGAGAGUGAAAAAUUAAACCUCAUCCAGGAUUAUAUGUAUGAUAUCACAGAUGCUCAAGAUGAAGAACUUCUUCCAAGUAAGCUAGUUUUGGAAGAUUCGCCUGCUUUGACACCUCCAUCUCCUUUUCGGGAUUCUGUAGCUUCGGGCAGUUCUGUGCCUAGCUCACCUAUUUCUGAAUCGGUUCUCUGCACACCUCCAAGUGUAUCCUACGCUUCAGUUAUGUUGAGAGACUACAAGCAUACAUCAUCCACUUUAUAGGCUCAAAUUAACAAAACAACACCUUGUAUUUAUAAUGCAACACAGGGCUUGACCGAUGGCAGUUCAUGGGACAAUAAUUUAUAGCAUGAGUGGUAAUAGAGAUACAAGCAAUUAAUAAGUGUCAUGCACUAAAACUGACCUUAAUGAGGGCUCCGUGUCUUAAAAUGUUUUUAUUGAUUGAUUGAUUUAUUAUGCACUGUAUUACAUGUCAGACAGAUACAGUAUUCAAAGGAAGCACAAAUUGAAACCUGUAUCAAAAAUAUCACAACUUGAUUUCUGAAUAUUUUAUUUAGUGUUCACAGUUUCACUACAAAUUUCAAUAUUCUCUGUAUAAAGGACUUUGUAGACAAUGAAGUCAAGUUGCAUU